UGGAGAUGGACGCCAAAUCAACGAAGUUAACAACCCGUAAGAGAGAAGCUAGUACUUCUUCAAAGAGGGGUACUAUUGAUACCUACGCUGUGCAGUGUGAAACAUGCUUGAAGUGGAGAAAGCUUGAUAAUCAAGAAGAGUACGAGGAGCUCAGGAGUAGAAUACACGAGGAAAAGUUUGUGUGCAACCAGAAAGAAGGUAUGUCCUGUGAAGACGAUGCUCGAGAACUAAGAUAUGAUACCUCCAGAACAUGGUCCAUUGACAAGAAUGGUUUGCCUAAGACACCAAGAGGGUUCAAGAGGAUGUUAAUUAUGAGAAAGGACUACUCGAGAUGGGAUGCGUACUACGUAGCUCCUACUGGGAAGAAGUUCAAGACUCGCGCUGAGAUUGAAGCCUUCAUUGAGGCCAAUCAAGAGUAUAAGUAUGCAACGCUUGGAGAUUUCAAUUUCAUAGUCCCAAGGGUGGUGCGAGACACUGUCCCUAGUGGCAUACCUGUCAAGAACCCCAAACCAUCCAAGAAAAGCGUCUGA